UGAAGCUGGUGACUUGGCAGAGUCACUAACAUCCAGUUCACUUGCAAGUCCUGACCUUAUCUUCCCCGAUGUUACGGUCCUCUUCUAGAAAGAAAGACAAACUACAAUAAAUACGCCACCUUUGUGAUUUCCCCAAAUUUUUGGGAGUGAUUCUGUGUGACUCCCUAAGCCUCAUCCUCACCUUGACAACAGUAUCACCCGCGCGUCUCAGCUAGCAUACACCUUUCCCCCAACAUCUCAUUGGUCAGUCACUCUUUCCUAUUUAGCCCUUCUCUCCAAGGCCCCGCCCCAAGCCCAGGUCGCCAGUGCGCUGGGCAGCCAAUCCUGCGCCUGCGCUCUGGGAUGUGGAGGGCGGCCUCUUAGCAACUGGUACCUUCGCAGACCGAGCUCCACGCGCUGCCCCUCACCCCCAUCUCAAUCAGCCUAUGCUCCCGACCCUACUGCCCUGUGGCGGCCGGACAUCAAGAGAAAUUUUAAAAAAUUAAAAAGAAAAAAAACAGGCCUCAACCUCGUUGCGCAGUGGGCUGGCCCAAGGUGACCAGGUGGAAAGAUGAAGCAGUCCUUGGUGGAUGACACAGAGGAUGUGUCUCUUGAUUUUGGAAAUGAAGAGGAAUUAGCAUUGAGGAAAGCUAAAAUCAGGCAUCCACUGGCCACCUUUUUCCACCUAUUUUUCCGAGUGAGUGCUAUCAUUACCUACUUGUUCUGUGACUGGUUCAGCAAAAGCUUUGUUGCCUGUUUUGUCACUAUUCUUCUUCUUCUGUCCUUUGACUUUUGGUCUGUCAAGAAUGUGACAGGAAGACUCAUGGUUGGCUUACGCUGGUGGAACCAGAUAGAUGAAGAUGGAAAAAGUCAUUGGAUUUUUGAAGCCAAAAAGGUGUCUUUAAAUAAUUCAACUGGAACAGAAGCUGAAGCUAGAAUUUUCUGGCUUGGUCUAAUUAUCUGUCCAUUGAUCUGGACUGUAUUCUUCUUUAGCACCUUAUUCUCCCUGAAGCUUAAGUGGCUAGCACUUGUGAUUGCUGGCAUCUCCCUCCAAACUGCUAAUCUAUAUGGAUACAUCCACUGUAAAAUAGGAGGACAAAAAAAUAUCACUAAAGUCACAUCAAGAUUUCUAUCCCAAGCAGUAUUUCAGAGAGAGUGUCAAGAUGAAUUUCAAAAGCCUGGUCUGGAGAGAAUGGAAAUACACAAACAUUAAAUGAGAAGCAAAGACUCUUCAUUACCUCCAGAAUAAGGUUCUAACACUAAAUUAGCAUUUGUGAUCCACUAUGUAAUUUGGCUCCAUUUGUCUAUUCAAUCUUUCUGGUCUUAUUGUACUUUGAACAAGCUAUGCAUAUUUCUUGACUUGGAUUUCAUUUAAUCCACAUCCUUCCAUCCAACUGAAGCUUUUCUUAGCUGUUCCUAUUAUACUGCCCUCAUAUGAAUUCAUAAUCCUUAAAUAAGUACCACUUUAUUUGAUACUUAUAUACUAUCCUUUGACUUCUUCCUGGAAUAAUGGAAAAGUGCUGGACUAAGAUGACUGGUUCAAAUCUGAACUAAAUUACUUAUUAUUAUAAUGAGUAAGCUUCCUUUCAGGUAAAAUGAAGAUAAUACAUGAUAUGCUUAUCAAUGUUCUGAGGAUCAAAUGAGAAUAUAUUUAAAAGAACUUUGUAAACUUCUAUACAAAUAAAUUCAAAAUAGUGUCAUUGUCCAAACCAAAUAGUAUACUCCUUCUCUGUAUCGUCCUCAAUGCAUGGCACGUAAGUGCUUAAUAUAAAUAACCACUUGUUGGAUUUUCUUGAUUAAAAACAUAGUUGGUAAUUGUGAAACUCGAGCAGUUUUACAAAUAGCAGCAAUAGUCAAGAGCUGAUAAUGUAUGUGAAAGCUUACCUCUCCUUCCCCUCUACCUAGUAAACUUUUAUCUUAGAAGAUCCAAGGAAAACAUAAGCCACAACUAUUAUUCACUUUAUAUUAAGGUACAAAUAGAUGCAAGCUGAAUAGGUGGAAGAAAUAUCUAAACCAUGAAAAUGACAGAUUGUUAAAAGAUGUUGAAUAUAGCAAUUGAAAUUUAUUUUCCCUACAGACUAAUUUUUUUUUUUUUUUGAGAGAGUUGAGGAAAUUAGAUGAAAAGUUCUCCAACUGCAUGCUGCUGCUGUUGCUAGUUAGGAAGAAUUUAAGUGACGACUGUUUUGUAUAUUUGCAUGAAAUAAGUAUCAGAAGUCGGGUUUUAGAGGAGGAAAGAUGUUUAUUUUUUUUUAAAUGGCUUAUCUGUAAAUACAGUGCCUUAUAUUAACUUAUAUCCUAAUAAAAUGUAUAUCAAAAUUA